CCAACAUGUGCUACUUCAGCUCCAAUUUUCAAUGAAUCUGAGAUGGAUUAUCUAACUAUAACCCUUCUCUUGGACUCAGGAGCUCAACGAAGCUUUAUUAAAUCAUCACCUGGGGCGUCGCUUAAGCUGACACUGCCCAGUACCACAUCAUUCACUACUGUAGGGAUGGGAGAGCUACGAGAAACCUUCCAAUCCAACGAAGUCCGGAUUACAUUAAGAAGCUGCCACAGCUCGAAAAAGAUACAUCAUCUAUCAAUCUUCACGAUAGACAAACUAACAACUCAAACGAGAACUGCCGAACUAUCAAAAGAAGACAAGAGCUUCAUCAAAGAAAAGAAAAUUUCGAUCGCCCAGCGGAGUCUAAUCGCAGCAGACGUAUCUCCUGAUCUACUUGUUGUGCAGGAACUGCUGCACAGGAUUCUCGACCACAGCUCGGCAACUAUCAAAUUACCAUCUGGACUAGUCCUCACACCCACUAUCUCCGGGUACAUAAUCUCAGGGACUAGCAGCAUACCAGAUUCAAUGAAGCAAGUUGGAGAUGCACAAUGUAGUUCGCUCAUUGUGGCUACUCUUAUAUCAUCGAAAGACGACUACAAAACGGACAUAAAGCAUCUGAAAACCACUUCUGUCAAAAAUGGAACCAUCACUACUGGAUUUCAAUUCACUGAUGAAGUCAAGAUCCUCGAAGAUAACUUCAGUGUGGCGUAUCAAAAAAUGCAAAGCCCAUUGCGAACACUGAACGACGAUGAAGAGAAACUCGAGCUGUACAUCGAUACUCUCACGACGUACCUUCAAAAAGGAGUAAUAGAGGAAGCGAAAAACUUUUCACAUGGCGUCGCUACCUUCUACCUUCCUCACAGGCACGGCGAGUACUAUCUCAACUACGUGCUUUUUGAAGCCCAUUUAUCAACCCCAUUGAUACAUGAAGUGGUUCUCCAAUUCCGCACGCACCUCAAUACGAUGGUAGCGGAUAUACAAAAGGCGUUUCUACCAAUACGACUACCUAAAGAACACUGUGACGUGGCAAGGUUCUGA